CGUUCGUAAGAAAACAAUGUCGGGAAAGGAUUAGUGUCGGAUGAAAAUUAUUUAAUUAAAUGUCACAAAACUCUUUUAUUUACAUGUUAAAUCACAAUUUUAUUAAUUUUUAAUUAGUUUACCUAAACUGGCAGCUUAUUAGAUUGUCCACGAACCGGAUUAUUAGGGAUGAGUUGUCGUGACAGAACUCGGGACUUUAAUUUGGCCAUAAAGACCUUACAACCCCAAGCCAAUGGAGUGACGUCACACAAAAAUGACUUGCCUGCUCUGGUCAGUCGGUCAGCUGGCUUCAUGCCUGUAGCAAAGCAGGUGAGUAAAGACCUUGCCAACACGUUUGCAAAAUUAGAAAAACUUACAAUGCUUGCUCAAAAAAAGUCUCUAUUUGAUGACAAGCCGGAGGAAAUCCAGCAUUUGACGUACGUCAUCAAGCAAGACAUUAACUCAUUAAAUGAACAGAUAUCCAAGUUACAACAGUUAGGCAAACUUCAGAUGACCUACAAUGGCAAAAACAAGCAAUCACACACGACAUCCAUUGUAUUGACACUUCAGUCACAUCUGGCAAAGAUGUCAAGCAAGUUCAAAUCUGUACUUGAAGUCAGAACGAAGAACAUGCAGAAUCAAAAAAUGAGGAGGGAUCAGUUCUCGACAUCCUCCACCCUCACAUCCACUCUGCCCGAUGCAAGUCAUGGUGGACAUGAAAAAUCAGUGUUACUCCAAGACGAAGUCAACAGUUACCAGCAACAACAGCAACAAAACCGACAAUAUCAACAACAACAAAACAACUCGACCGACCGGCUGUCGUUAGAAAGUGAGCACACGUCCAUCAACAUGGAGGGUGCUGGAGCACGCUACAGGUACCAACAACAACUCCAACUUAUUGAAGAGCAAGAAUCCUACAUACAGAGUCGAGCAGACACCAUGGUGAACAUAGAGCAGACUAUCGUUGAACUUGGUACUAUCUUCCAACAACUGGCACACAUGGUCAAAGAACAAGAAGAAAUUGUUCAUAGGAUCGACUCGAACGUUGAGGAGUCGAGUUUGAACAUCGAGGCAGCGCACACCGAACUCGUUCGCUACUUUCAGUCGGUCACCUCCAACAGAUGGCUCAUGUUGAAAAUUUUCGCCGUCCUCAUCAUCUUCUUCAUCAUCUUCAUCAUUUUUGUGGCCUAAUUAUACUUAUUUAUUUAUUUUUUUGCAAGUUUUCAUUUAUUAAGUUUUAUAGAUUAAAAGUUAAUUUAAUUUCAAUUAAGUUAAAUACUGAUUCUAGUUGUACUAUUUAUCUAUAAUUAUAAAUAAUUUUAAAAGUAAAACGGUUGUAAUUUUUAUUAUUAUUCUUGUUAUUACUUUUUUUUUUACUACAAAUGCAAACUGCAACGGUAACAAUAAUUAUAGCUAAACAACCAAAAUAAAUGACAUUAGUGCUUCAUAUGCAUUUUGCGUGUAUUGAAUCUUACAAUUUAUUUUCAUCUAUCAUCUCUAAAAUUAUAAAUAAUAAUUAUAAUGGUUAUGCUGUCACGUGACAUAUAUAGUUAUUAAUCAUUCCUUUUAAUUAAUUUAUUUAAUUGAUUGAUUAAUU